CAAAAAAAAAGUACUCAUUUGGAAGUAAAAUCAAAUCUGAUAUCAAUAAAAAAUGGAUUUCAUUUCAUAAGGAUACCCGAACUAUAGUGUUUUAAGAGAAAUAAAUGACAAUACAAUAUUGGAUGGUUUAGUGAUAGAAACUAAAAUGUUUGCUAAUCAUUUGCUUCGAUGAUAUUGGAAAGUCAUAAGUUCGAUAAAAACUGCAAAUAUAC